GAACAUGAUGUGCAAGAAAUUAAGAAUGCGCUCGGCUGUUGAAAAGAUUUUUGUGUCAUCGAAGAUCAGUACAAAUGAUCCAAUCAUGGACAGGGAUGUAGAUGAUGAUAAUCAGCUAUUGGAAAAACUUGAUGCUGAUGGUAAUACUCAAGACAUGUUGAGACAUGUCUCUUAUAAAAAAACGUGUCUUGUAAUGUUGACUUUUGCUGGACUCACAACAAAUAUAAAUGAUCUUGUAACUUUCUUAAAGUAUACUUGAAAAAUAUAAUUCGAUGAAAAUAAUUAACUAACAAGACUUAAUAGCAACAAUGAUAACAUACAGAAGAUUGUUGUAGACAGCCUGCCCCACACUAAUAAAAUGACUAUAUUUGAUAGGAAGGAAUUACUAAAUGACCCAUUGAAAAUUCAACAGUUCAGAUGCAGAUCUAACUUUGAGCAAAGAUCGAAGUAAAUUGUAUA